ACUUUGCGUUCUAAUUAAAAUUCAAAAUGGCUGCUUUCACCUGAUGUCAAUACAGUUUUUGUUCAUUCAAGUUUUAGCAAUGAAGAGAAGGAAGUUUGUCACAGUUAUGAUUAGUAAAACUUUAUAGCUAAGUUGUCAAAAAAUGCAGCGUAUCAUUGGGACAUUUGGAGCGUCUUGUGUGCAUUGUAGCAAAAAGUUGCACCAACCAAUCAAAACAAGUGAUGAAAACUACAUUAGUUUGCCCUAAUCAAACAUCAUUUGUAAAACAGAAGAACUUUUGCAUUGUCUACAAACAAAUGUCAUCCAUUCGUCAUUUGAACACUUUACAUAGAACAUGGACAAAAAGACUCUUAGUAGACCAGGGAAUGUACAGAAGACAGUUUUAUGUCACAAAUAUUGUUCGAACCAUGUCAAACCUUUUGAGAUUACGAUAUGUUUUGCUGGGUACAGCUGGAGCUGGUGUUAUUGGUUCAAAGAUGAUGUUUGAUUCUUAUAAAGAUAAAUGGGACAAGUUUACAAGUCAUAUCCCCAAUCUUCCUUUCAAUAUCACAUGGUUGAAAGAUUUUUUCUCCAAAGAAAAACUGCCAGAUCUUUCAGAUUUAUCAUUAAACAAAGACUUGAAAAAUUUCUUUGUUGCGGCUCAGGAGUAUCUUGAAGAUUCCUUAGGAUCAGAAGCUGGUCCCCCUAUUAUUGCAGCAGCAGUUAAACAAAACAAUGUAAAGAUUGAUAAUGAAGAAAAAGAUAAAUUGCAUAGGAGACUUGAGAAAUCAAGUGAAGAAUUACUAGAUUUACAGCAAAAGUAUCAGCAUGAGGUAGAAAGAUUAUCUCAAGAAAAUAAUCUUCGUAAAGAAAUCUUGUUGUUGAAAGGGGAACCUGUAGUAUCCAGCAGACACAUCAAGAAAUCAUUGAUUGAUAUGUAUUCUGAUGUAUUGGAUCUUCUCUCUGAAUAUGAUGCCAAUUAUAACACAACUGAUAACCUUCCUCGUGUGGUUGUUGUUGGUGAUCAAAGUUCUGGAAAAACGAGUGUUCUUGAAAUGAUUGCUCAAGCGAGGAUUUUUCCUAGGGGUUCUGGUGAAAUGAUGACAAGAGCACCUGUUAUGGUGACGUUAAGUGAAGGUCCAAAUCAUUUGGCUUAUUUUAAAGGAAGCUCUCAUGAAUAUGAUUUAAGUAAAGAAGAUGAUUUGCAGGCAUUAAGACAAGAAGUUGAAAGAAGAAUGAAAAACAGUGUUAAAGAAGGCAAAACAGUUAGUCAAGAGGUGAUCUCAAUGAAUGUUAAAGGACCUGGACUACAGCGGAUGGUCUUGGUUGAUCUUCCAGGGAUUAUAGGGACACGAACGAGUGGUAUGGCGGCUGAUACAAAAGAUUCAAUCUACAAUAUGAGCAAGUUAUAUAUGCAGAAUCCUAACGCGAUAAUCUUAUGUAUUCAAGAUGGCUCCAUUGAUGCCGAACGCAGCAAUGUAACAGAGCUUGCAAAUAUCAUGGAUCCUCAAGGCAAGAGAACAAUUUUUGUACUAACUAAGGUUGAUCUGGCAGAGAAGAACGAGACAAGCCCAAGUCGAAUCAAACAAAUUCUGGAAGGCCGUCUCUUUCCAAUGAAGGCUUUGGGAUAUUUUGCCGUGAUUACGGGAACAGGAAAUCCUAGUGAAAGUAUUGAAUCAAUCAAGAAUUAUGAAGAAGAAAUGUUCCGACAUUCAAAACUUUUUAAAACUGGCGUGUUCAAAGCCAGUCAGAUGACCACGCAAAACUUGAGUUUUGCUGUAUCUAAUUGUUUUUGGAAAAUGGUGAGAGAAUCUAUUGAACAACAAGCUGAUCUCUUUAAAGCUAAAAAGUUUAAUCUUGAGGCAGAAUGGAAGAAUCAAUUUCCCAAAAUCCGUGAGCUUGAUCGGGAUGAACUGUUUGAGAAAGGUAGAGCUGAGAUCUUGGAUGAUGUUCUAAGUCUUCAUGAUAUUAGGCCAAAAGAUUGGGAGAAAAAACUCUAUGAAAAUUUAUGGCAAACAAUAUCAUCACGUGUGAUUGACGACAUAUACAUUCCUGCUGCACAGAAUAAUGAUCCUGGCAAAUUUAAUACAAUUGUCGACAUUAAACUAAAACAUUGGGCAGAGAAAAGUCUCGCCACCACUUCAAUACAGGUUGGCUGGGAUACAUUAUUUUAUGAAGUUUCCAAGUCUCUCGAGACGUCGAACACGUUUAAUCGUCGAGAUAGUCACAGUGUUUUAUUUGAAAACUUGAAAUCAUCGGUGAAGAGCUAUUGUACGACAAACCAUCAAUGGUUGCAUAAAGCAGAGGAAAGCUUGAAAGUGAUGCAAAUGACGGCAUUGGAAGAUUGGUCAGUUAGUGAUCAGUUGGAAUGGAAUUCGGCAACGAAAUUCCUUGAAGAGACCUUAAAUCAUCAGUUGGAUGAUGCGUCAAAAAAAAUGUACGAAUUGACUGGACCGGGAAGGGCAGAGAGAUGGUUGUAUUGGAAAAAUCGCUCAAAGGAACAGGAGCUGUGUUCGUAUGCAAGAGAUGAGUUACAAAAACUUCUUCAAAUUGAUGAGAAACACGGACCUGAUCUUGCAGAAGAUGAACUGACAACUGUUCGUAAGAAUUUGGAAGCUCUAAAUGUUAAUGUGGAUCAUAAUUUGAUCAGACGUACCUGGAGGCAUAUGCAGCGAGAGCAGUUUAUACAACGAGCCAUUCGCAAUGCUCAAGAAUGCCGGAAAGGUUUUCAUCAUAAAGACUCUAUCAAUACCGAUUUGCAAUGCAAUGAUGUUGUGUUGUUUUGGAGGAUACAAAAAAUGUUACAAAUUACCAGCAAUUCAUUACGACAACAAAUCAUGAAUUAUGAAGCGCGACGUCUUGAGAAAGAUGUUAAAAUUGUGUUAGAUGACAUCUGUUCUGAUCCAAAUAAAAAGAUGAAUUUGAUUACUGGAAGACAAGUUGAUCUCUCCGAAGAGUUAAAACGUGUGAGACAUAUCCAAGAAAGUCUAGAGCAAUUUAUCGAUGCUUUAAGUCGUGAAAAAUAGAAACCUUUUUUGAAACGUAAGCAUUUUUUUCUAUAGUAUGAUAAACAUAUCCUGUGGUUCAUUAGGAAAGAGACGUAUAUACAAAUUGACCUAGUAAAGGAACGGUAUUCUUUUUUUCUAUAUUAUGCUCCCAGUUAUAAUUUUAUUCUAUUGUAUCAUGACAAGUCUGGAAAAUGUAAUCAUAGUUAAUGGUUUUGUCAAAACAAUCGUCUCCAUUUUAAUAAAAUGAACCAGUCUCACAAAA